UGAUCUCCAAUAUGGAGAUGAUUUUAUAUUUCGGUUUAGCAUCUAUUUCUGGAGUCCUUUUAUGGCAUUUCCCUUUCAUCAUAACAUUGUUGUUUUGUAUAUAUGCAGGGUAUUGUUUAGUCUUGUAUGUUUUCCAGUACCAGGGCAAAGAAGCUAUAAAUGUAGAUUCGGAGCACUCAUCUCAAAGAAAUAACUACUUCAAAUUAGUAGCCUUGAUUGUUGAUGUAUCAUACAUCGUUCUUUGAAAGUACAUAGAAGAGCAAGUUAUAGGAUCGGACAAUUUUGAGUCAUAUCUGAACACAAUAAGAGCUAAAUACAGCAUCUUCCAUAUAUAUAAAAUAACACCAUGCUGUGAAUGUAAGAUAACGAAAAUAAAAAAAGAAAAGCUUAUUUCUGAAAAACAGUUUCAGAUGUUAUAUAAAUGUGAUGAAAACAAAUCUUUAUCGGAUCAUCAAAAAUAUACCAGGGGUAAACUAUCUCAAAAUUGCAUCUGCUGUUAUUCUGCAGUACAGAAUGUCAAUGUGAGAGUUCUCGAUAUAACACUAUCAAACCAUUUGAUUAAGAGGUGUGGAAAGCAGGCAUUAGGACUUGAAGUGUGGAUGAGAACAAUAACCAAAAUUAGAAAUAAAAUUUUUCAUCAUUCUGAUAUACAAGAAAUGACGGAUGACAAAUUUAGCCGCAGAUGGCAACAAUUAGAAGGAUCGAUAAUGGGUAUAGCCAACCUAAUAUCAGAGGACUUUGCAAAGGACAUAAAUGGGAAAAUAGAAAAACUCAAGCAAUUAGUCGUAAUUUCUGAUCAAGUGUUGCAGCAUGAGAGAUUAUGUCGAGAUUAUUGGAAAAGUAAAUGUGCUGAAUUCGAGCGAAUGCAAAUGGAAGAAAUGAAAGCAAAUACAGUAGAACUGUGUCAAAUUCACCCUGGAAAUACAAGUGAAUCAAUUGAAAUGAUGUGUGUAGAAGUAUUUAAAAAAAUAUAAACCCUUAAUACAGCUGUUGAUAAAAUCCUCAUAAAUGCAUUUGGAAGUGACGGUGUAACCCAGCUAUUUGAACCACAGGACACGCCAACUACAGAAGAAGAUCAAAAGGCUGUUCCUAUUCUUUUCCAGUUAGAGGUACCAACAUCGUGGAACACCAGAAAAAUAAUGAAAGCAGCCGAACAAAUACGUUUGAGUGGCAAUAGUGAUACUGGGUUAAAAAUCAAGGCUGUUUCUAGUGAUGAUCUAUACAUAUUUGCAGAAAUAGCGAAAAAAGUUUUACUGGAGUCAGAGAAGUUAAGCACAGAAAUCAACCAAUUAAUGACCAAUAUAUUGACCAAAGCCAAGGUUAAAACCGCUGAAAGGGAAAACGUGAACAUCAAUUUGAGAAUUCCAAAAUCCAAAGAUUUGUAUGUACCUACCAGUGUAAAGAUAGAACUGAAAAAGUGUAUUCCAUUAAACACUGAAGGUCUUUUAAGAAAUUGCAUUUUAGCUGGUAACAAUAUUGUUGUUACCGAAAUUGGCAAAGGAUUGCGAAUCUGUAAAAUAGAUGGAACGUUCGACAGAACUAUCAAACUCGAAAAAGUGCGUUAUGUAAAUCGGCUGUUUCUCAUAGAUUGUAAUACAAUAGCUGUUUCAUACCGUCUUCGUUCUGUAGAUGUUUUAGAUCUUAGCACAGGACUUGUGAAAAACACAACAGAACUGAAUAUAAGUAAUACAGACUAUGAAAUCGCUUAUGAAGAUGGAUUAAUGUAUGUUGUUGAAUAUGGUGAUAAAUUUACCUCAGAUUCAAACGAAAAAGAAAAAAAGGUUAUUGUAAUGAAUUUGUCAGGGAAAGUAAUUCGAAAUAUCUUUGUUUCGUCAAAUCGAUGGGGUAAUACAUCUGUUUCAACUGAUUCAAAUAGACUUUUCAGCAUUUCAAAAAAUAAUUUAGUAUAUUGUUAUGAUUUAAAAGGAAUUUUGAAAUGGAAAUUUCAACCUGACAAACCGUGCUAUAUUGAAUCCAUAGCAACAUAUGAAGAUGGUCAAUUAUUUGUAGUCAUAAAAGGCAGCAUUUUGUUAUUGUCAUCAGAUGGAAAAUCGCUUGACGUCGUAUUGACUUUGGAACAUUCAAAACAUAAAAGUGAUCUUUAUUACGACAAGGCUCUUAAGCUGCUUGUGUAUUAUGAUACAAAUAAUGUAUUUCUUUAUCAGGUUAAACAUUGACAUUUUCUGUAGGUAUAAUUUAUAAACUUGAAUUACAGUUAUGAGAAUCAAGGAAUUCCUUGUGAGAAUGUAUCUUUUGUCCUUCACUUUUUUUUCUUGUCUCCUGCUUUUUGUAUUUUGCACUAAAUUAACUUUGAAAUUGCAAAGUUAUUUUACUUUAUAAAUAACUAUUUCGAAUGUAGAUAUGAGUAUUUUUGUAUUGCUUCAAAAGGGACGUUGUUAUUUGUCUUUAUGUAAAUAUUUAACUUUUAUUGGUAUUCAAACUUGAAAUAUGGUAAAAAUAUAUAAACAUGUUUCAACACUGACUAUCAACAUAUUUUGGAAAUCGGCAAAGUAAUCAUUUAUCCAUCUUUUCUAUUUAAGAGAAAUAAAAGUUUAAUAUUUG